UUUGUUAGUUAUAAAUGAUGGUCGAGAAAACGAAAAAUACUAAAAUUUACAAUAGUUCAAAUUAAUUAGAUGUGCAAUUUUUCUUUGCAUAAUAUACCUUAGGAAAUUAAGAUUAUAAUCGCGUAUCUUUAAGAUCGGAAGAAGAUUUCUGUGCUGUUGUUUUUAUGUCUGGUUGUCUUAGCGUCAGAGUGACAUCGGCUAAGAAACGGAAAAAAAAAAAAGGCUAAGUAUUUUUCUUAAAUUUAAUCGGCAGGUGGAACAUCUAGUUUCAACUUCUAUGUAGGUAAAUACGUAUUUCUGAAUGAAGAGAAUCUGUUUUCCAUGUUUUGGUGAAAUUAUAUUGUUAUUGGGUAAAUAUAUUGAGAGAUAUAGGAGGAUAAUUUAUUUUUUUAUUUUAUAGCAGAAAUACAUAAUAAACGAAUAUGGCACUUUAUAUACAUCAAACUUAUGCCCCUCAAAGUGUAGAUGUUACUUACCAGGAUCUUGGAAAUAGGGGUUUGCAGCAACAUCAUCAGAUGUAUGCUGAACCUGUUAUACAGCAACAUCAAAUGUAUAGAGAUCCUGGAGUUCAGCAGCAAAUAUAUGCUGAACAUAUUAUUCCUCAGCAUACUCAGAUAUAUCGGGAAGAAGAUCUUCAGCAGCAUCAAAUAUAUCGCACGGAAGACCUUCAGCAACAUCAAAUAUAUAGAGAGGUUCAAGCACCACCUCAGCCUCCACAAGCUCCUCCACAGACUGUACAAGUGCAUAUAUGUGAUGUUUGCCAUAAAACAUGCAAAUCUAAAAGUGAAUUACAAUCUCAUUAUGCUGGGCAUACAGGUGAAAAGGCCCAUAUAUGUGAUGUGUGUCAUAAAGGUUUUACACAGAAAAGUAGUCUUCAAACUCACUAUUUGAUACAUACUGGAGAUAAACCUCAUGUGUGUGAUGUUUGUAAUCGUGGCUUUACUGAUAAGAGUACACUGCGUAAACAUAGUUUGAUUCACACUGGCCAGAAGCCUCAUGUUUGUGACAUAUGUCAGAGGGGAUUUGUACAAAAAAUUACUCUUAGAAAACAUUAUCUUACUCAUACUGGAGAAAAGAAUCAUAUAUGUGAAAUAUGCAACAAGGGAUUUGCUCAAAAAAGCACACUUCGUACUCAUUAUCUUGUGCACUCUGCUGAUAGGGAAGGUAAAAGAAGAAGCCGGGGUAAAAAAAAUAAAAAGAAUGAGGAAGAAGAAAAACCACUUGUACCAGAGCAACCUGAACCAGAACCACAGCCUCAACAACAGCCACCACCAGAACAACCUCAACCAGAAAUGGAGCAGCUUGCCGUAGUGGAACAACCUGAACCAGAACCUUGUGACAUGGGUUUUGCAGAUAACAGUGGGUCUCAUGAUCAAGCAUUAAUGCAUGCAGAGCCACAGGUAUUUUUAGAAAAUACACAGGCAUUUGCUAUAGAUCAGCCUCUCACACAUAUGGUACACCAAGCUCUAAAUAUUGGACCACAAGGUCUUCAUCCUUUGAUAUCAGUUGAUCCUCAAGGACUUGCACAUGUUGGACAUCAGACAUUGACCCAGAUUGGUCACCAAACAUUAGCACAGAUUGGACAUCAAACAUUUACAAUCAUUGGUCAACAGCCUUAUACUACCAUUGACCAACAGCCUAUGACACAUAUUGUCCAUCAGACUAUGGCUCCUAAUGUAGAAGAUCAAAAUGUACCACCUGGCCUUCCUCAGAUAUUUGCAUGUGACCAAUGUCCUAAACAGUUUAAAAGGAAAUGUGACUUUCAGAAGCAUUAUCUUGUUCAUACUGGAGAAAAGUCGUUUUUCUGUGAUGUUUGCAAUAAAGGUUUUAUGACUAAAGUUGCAUUACAAAAGCACUAUAUUAUGCAUACUGGAGAAAAACCACAUUCUUGUUCGGUGUGUAACAAAAGUUUUGCAAAAAAGAGCAGCCUUGCAACACAUUUCUUAGUGCAUACUGGGGAAAAGCCACAUACAUGUUCGUUUUGUGGGCGGCGUUUUAAAGAUAAGAGUACUCUGCGUAAGCAUUGCCAAAUUCAUACUGGGCAGAAGAACCAUGUAUGUGAUAUAUGUCAGAAAAGAUUUGUUCAAAAAAGUACACUUCGUAAACACCUCGUUACACAUACGAAGGAAAAAUUGUUUAAAUGUGAAACAUGCAAUAAAAGGUUCACUCAAAAGUACAGUCUUCAUGUCCAUUAUCAAAUUCACAAACGGCCAAGACCAUUUGUUUGUGAUCAGUGUGAAGAAUCGUACACAACACAAGCAGAACUUGAUAAACACUAUAGAAUUCAUACGGGUGAAAAGCCGCAUACUUGUCAUAUCUGUAAAGAAGGGUUCGAUGAGAAAGCUCGUCUGAAUCGGCAUAUGCUUGGACAUACAGGAGAGAAGCCAUUUGUUUGUGACAUUUGUCAGAGAGGAUUUAAAGAUAAAUGUAACAUGCAGAGACAUUAUUUAACACACACGGGAGAAAAGCCUUUCGCAUGUGAUCUUUGUGAAAGGCGUUUUAGAGAAAAAGCUAAACUUUUGAAGCACAAAGCCCGCCGCCAUAACAAAACUAAGACCCCGCCAGCUCCCACAGUUCAGCCCAUCCGAAAGGUUAUUAUUAUAAAGACUUUGUCAACUGAUUAUUAUUAUAACAGAAAAUAUUAUUAGAAAUAUUCACUAGCCUGUAACGUGCUAUGCAUGGGGCUCAAAUUUUUGUAUCAGACUUGUUUUGUGAUGUGUGAAACGUCUUUUUACUUAAUGAAAUUCGGAUAUUUUUCAAGAUUAAUCACAAUUUUAAUUUAUAUCCUCUCUUAAAAGGUAAAUAAUUAGUAUGAUUUCUGAAUAUGCAGCUUUGCAUUUUUUAUAUAUUAUAUGUAUUUCAGAAUAAUGAUAUUUGCUUUUAUUCAUGAAGUAAUAUAUAAUAAAAUUUUAAUCUUUAUUGCCCCUUUAACAUUCAUUGCUAGAUUUUCAUUUCAAAAUGAAAACCAGUAACCAUUUAUUUUCUGAUUUAGUUCAAACUGUGUAUAUCAUAUGAAAUAAAUAUGAUGAAAAGAAAAGUCCGCAAUUUCGUAAGAUAAAAUUUAAAUCCAACAUUACUCUGCAGUUUCUUUUGAUUUGCAAUUAUGCUGUGUAUUUUCUAAAAAGAAACUGAAUUUGCAUUCAUGACUUAUUUAAGAAGUGUUUACUGGAAAAAUGAGAAUGCAGGCAUAAUGUAUAAUGCUGUUUUAUUCUGGAUUUGAAUUCUUGCCAUAAAAAUAAUAAAAUAUUACAUCAUAAUAGUUUAAAUUGUGCUACUUGUAAAAAAAGUAUUCUGGCACUUUUGUGCUCUGAAAACCUAAAAUAUGAUGUUAUGAAUAUGUGAAAUUUUUUAAAAAUUAAUAGCUGGAAAUUGGAAAAACUAUGUUACUUUUUCAAAGAGGGAAAUGUGUACAACUCUGCUGAUAUGCGUAUUGAUUUCACUUAGUACUUUGUAGUCAUUAUUUUCUUUUUUACCAUCAAUAAGAAGUACUAUAUAGAACUGAGUGUUUGAAAAUAAUCCAUACGUCCCCCGUUAUCUUGACCACCUAAGAAUUAAAAUUUACUGUUGAGUUCUUUACAUUUUUUUAUGCUUUAGUUAUUAUUAGAUUUGAUUAAUUGCUAUAUAUAUUUGUGAAUUUAGUCAAAGUAUGUAUAAAUUAUUUAAUAAUGCAGCAUAAUGUAUCUUAAAUAUGAUAUCAAAUUAUUCUUUUCAGUAUUGAUUAUGAGUAAGAUAAUAAUUUUAUCACAAAGGCAGAUAAAAUUUGCUACACUUUUGCAGCCUGAGAUUUAUACUGACAGUUUUUUCUAUUCAGAGAUUUAUACUAACAUUUACAUGGGAAAAUUGUUAUAUAUAUGUUCAAUGCUGUUAUGUUAGAUUAAAAGUAUGAUUUAAGUGGGCAAUGUUUUUAUACAUUUGAUUUUACAUGCAUAAAUUUUCUGCAUUAAGAAGUAGAUGUUUAGAAAUAAUAUGAAAUAUGAAAAUUUUUUACUGGUAAUGACAGUCGAUGAAGGGUGAUUUUAUUCAACUUGAAUUGACUAUUUUUAUAUAUAAUAAAAAUGUAGUAGAUCCAA